AGGGGAACUUUUGCGACUGGUCUCCUUUUCCUCCGAAUACCCAUUACCCCUCACCCGGGUUUGGGAGAAAGGAAAAACCAAACCUUCACAGACAAAACACGACGAAGCGACGAACUCGAUUCGCCACUGGAAGGGCUUUCAAUCCUUCCAAUUCCUCUCCAUCUCUAUCACAAUUCACAACUCAUCUCAAACUCUGAAACAAUUCAAAGCUUUGAGGCUGUAGAGAGAGAAUUUUUCAUUUGGUCAGAAGAGUUGCAGAGAAGGAAUGAAGCGAUCGUUGUGGUCGUGCAGAGCCUGCAAUACGGCAGCUGAAGGUCGUUAAUGGCCUUGCAAAUGACUUGGCAACUUAAUCUCCUUCACAGGCGAAAGAACGGUCCUCCUGUAGGGUUAAGAAAUCUCGGCAACUCUUGUUAUCUUAAUAGCGUCCUUCAGUGCUUGACCUAUACUCCUCCCCUCGCCAAUUUCUGCCUCAAGAGCCAACACUCCUCUUUAUGUGAUUCGACGUCGGAGGCGGACCGGAAGCGAGAUUGCCCCUUCUGCAUAUUAGAGAAGAGGAUAGUGCGGUCGCUUAGCGUCGAUCUUCCUCUCGACGCUCCAAAAAAGAUCCAAAAUUGUCUCAGGAUUUUUUCCGAACACUUCAGGUUUGGGAGGCAAGAGGACGCUCACGAGUUCCUUCGCUAUGUUAUCGAUGCUUGCCACAAUACCUGCCUUCGUCUUAAGAAGCUUCAGCAGCAGUGUCGGAAGGGGAAUGAGUCCUGCAAUGGCGCUAGUGCCGGUGGCAGCGGCAGUGGUGGUGACACCAUUGUUAAGGAGAUCUUUGGUGGUGCCUUGCAGAGCCAGGUGAAGUGUCUCUCAUGUGGGGCGGAGUCAAAUAAGACCGAUGAUAUCAUGGACAUCAGUCUGGACUUGUUCCAGAGCAAUUCCCUCAAGGAAGCCAUGCAACGGUUCUUCCAAUCGGAGAUAUUGGAUGGCAGCAAUAAAUAUAAAUGUGAGAAGUGCAAGAAGUUGGUGCCGGCCAGAAAGCAGAUGUCUAUUCUUAAGGCGCCUAACGUCCUUGUAAUACAGCUCAAGAGAUUUGAGGGCAUACAUGGUGGAAAGAUUGAUCGUCCCAUUGCCUUCGAGGAGGUUUUGGUGCUCUCGAGCUACAUGUGUAAAGCAACUCAGCAGGAUCCAUGUCCGGAGUAUAACUUGUUUGGAACCAUUGUGCAUUCGGGUUACUCACCAGAGUCUGGUCACUAUUAUGCAUACAUCAAGGACGCAAUUGGUAGGUGGUAUUGCUGCAAUGAUUCUCAAGUUUCACUUUCAACUCUGCAGGAGGUUUUGUCAGAGAAGGUUUAUAUUCUUUUUUUCUCUCGUAUUAACCAAAGACCAAAGCCAACCAAAUCUGCUUUUGCAUCCAAUGGUUUGAAGUCUCCUAAUUGCAAUGGUAAUGAUGCAAUGGGAAGGCCAAAGGCAGUUCUCCCAUUGAAAACAGUUCCCGCAAAACCGAUAAGGACGAAUUCCCCUGAGAAUGGUUUAUCAACCAUGUCUAAGACUGGUAUGGUGCCUUUGGGCCCGCGAAUUGACUGGAGAAAUCCCAAUGUGAAAAGCAUAUAUGCAAAUGGAAAUGGAAAUGGAUAUACAGAUGUUAAUAAGAGCAGUUCUGUAGAAAAGCGUGUGAAACCAAAAGACUCUUUACCUGUGGACAUAACUAAGAAUGAAGUGCCAUCAACAGUUGACCGGAAUGGUGCUAAUGGAAAUAGAUGUCGUGGCAAUGAAGGCAAAGAAGUGUUAUCUUUACCGCAUCAAAAUGGUGAAAUCCAGAGUAAUGGUGAUAGUUCAGUGAAAAUGGAAGUUUGUAAGAAUAAUGGUGCAAUAGGAGAGAUGCCUAAUUGUGACCAUGCAGUAAGCAAAGACAAGGACCAUCACCUCCCUGAACUUUCAGGGUCCAAGAGGAAAUAUGUGGACGAGACUUGCAUGUUGCUUGCACAUGAUGCUUCUUCUCUGGCAAAGUUGGAGAAAUUUAAAGAAGUGCUUGCUAAGGAUGCUUCUUCAAGUCUGCGUUCACAUGGUUGGCAUGAUAAGGUUUACCAUUUUAUGCUCGAGAGAAAGAGACAGUGUGCACGAGAAGCUGGCAAUUCUUCUAUCAGUAACACUGAGAUAAAGAAGAUGUUGAUUGGAGAUGCCAAAGCAAACUUUAUCUCACAAAUUCCUGAACCGUUGAAGGAGCACCUGGUUGAAUGCCUUAAAUCAUUUAGCAAGGAAAAAAAAUAGUUUCUGGAUGCUUAAACCACUGAAACUGUUUCUUGGCAUUGUUUGCUAUUGAGGCUGGUAUAUAUGUGUAUCACUGAUGAAUGGAAACUUGUCAAUGAUAUAGCUAUCUUACAAGGCAUGGUACCCGUAAGUAUAUUUUACAACAUGUUUUGCACUGAAAGUUGCAGAUGGGUGGAAACUUAUGUCAUCAUUUGAUCGAGGCUUUGGUAAUUUUACUACAUUUAUAGGUGCAUCUGUGAAACUUGAGUUCAAGUGGAGAAUCUGAAUUAGAUCCUCAUCAAAAAUUUUCUUCACCUUUGAGGCUGUGCAGUUUUGAUCUGGCAGAGAAUGAGUACAGAUUUAUAUUCGUUAUGUAUGGUAUCCUUUUUGAUAAUAUUGUUAACCCAUGUUCCUUCAAUGAAUCUGCAAUUUCCAUAAAAAAAUGGUUGGAUAUAGCAUCUCGGAAAUAUAUUAGAUAUGGCAUGUUUUCUCUGAAGUUAACCUUUUCUAGUAGAAGUUGGUUUUCUUUUGGAGGUUCUAUUUUUGUUAUUAAAGUGUAAGCAUUGUGACAUGGAAAUUGAUCGUUAUCUGAUUCUUAUGUUUUGUUGCCUCAGGCCUCUGGGCAGCCUGUAUUUCAAGUAUAAUGUUUUUACCUUGUGCUA